AUGAAUCUGGAGCUACUAUUCGAGGGUUGGAAGCAUUCUGGCAAUAAGACUCUGUACGAUAUGGCGGUCUCCCAUACAAAUGUCACCAUAAGAGAGCACCUGAGGAAAGACUACUCGCACUUCCAUGUCGUGUCAUUCAACCCAUCGAAUGGUCAAGUGAUCCGCAAAUACACGGCCACCGGAUAUGCUGACUGGUCGUGUUGGAGUCAGGGACAGGCCUGGCUGGUGGCCGGACUCACCAUUGCCUACAGAUAUACAAAAGCCGAUUACAUCCUAAAGGCAGCCGAGGGUGUGUCCAACUAUUUCAUAGACAAGGCUCCGGCCGAUGGCAUACCGUUGUGGGACUUCGAUGUACCCCACGAUCCCAGCCAUCCCUACAUUCAUAGAGACAGUUCGGCCGCAUCGAUAGCCGCGUCCGGACUCAUAGAGCUCUUUGGAUUCACAAAUAAUACGAAAUAUUUGAAUGCUUUCAAUAAAAUCAUGGAUUCAUUGAAUUCUAAUCAAUACAGAGCUGAUGGCAAACCAGUGUACAAAAUACCGGCGCUAAUUGUGAACGGAAGAUUUCAUUCAAACAUUUAA